ACAGCAGGGACAAUAGAUCAGACAGAACCAAGGCUUCAAGAACCCAUCCUUAGCUCAAACAAGAACCCAGACGCAACAAUGCGUGGCAAAAGCGUGAUCCUGCGCAGCUCCGGAACACUGUCUGCAGCUGAACUGACCUGCCAGGUGUCUGAGAAGAAUACUGCACAGAGGGAAUCAUUCAGUGCUGAAUGGAAAGACCUGUCACUUACCACUAGGCCAGAAGAGGGCUGUUCUAGGUCUGAAGUAGACAAACGGCGCAAAGAAACCUACCACCAGCAACAGGAGGCCCAAGUUAUUGUGCAACGGUCACCAUGGGGCAUUCUCCGCCUGGGCAUGCUGGGUGAACCCUUCGUCUCCUACCAUCUGCCCUAUCAGCGGUCUUUGCCCUUGCCCAUGUUCACCCCAGCUAAGCUAACCAAAGUGGAGCGGGAAUUUACACCAACUCCCUCAGAGUCUGUAGAGUCACUGCCCGUUACGGGUGUGUGCCUUGAUAAGACACCUUUGGCUGAGAUCACCAAGGAAUUGCCCCCUGUUGUCCAGCCCAGCUGCCCCGACUUCAGGAAAGCAGGCGUACCUCGCUCAUUGUCCCGUUCCAUGUCUCAGGAGGCUCAGAGAGGUUGAGGCCUAGGGGGACACUCGCACCAGCAAUGUUCCUUCGCGGAACUGGUGGCUUGGAUGCCUUGGGCCUUCGCAUCUCUUGCUGCAUGAGGACGGUCAAACGAGGCCCAGACUUGUAGAAAAUACUUGGUAGGAUUGAAUCCAUCAUGAUGAACUCCUCUGAGAAGAGGACAGGACUGUUCCUUCAUCCGUGUGUGUUUAUAUGAUUAGAUGUAUAUGCAGAUCUGUCAGCAUUGCUUAUAUUUUUGCACAGUGUAUUUUAAAUGACCAGAUUCUGGGGGCAUAAGAAAAGUCUGUUGGAUGAAAUGAAGGAAAAGCCCCUGUGCCUUUAAAGUGUGAAUACCCUGAGGUUAGGUAGAGUGACAUAAAUUUACAGAUAAAAGAGUUAAAGUAUGGAAUGAUGGGAGACAGGAACCCUGAGUUUAGCAAGAGAGAGUGAGAGACAGAACUAUUUCUAAGAUCUAGCAUGGAAAGGGAAGUAAGUUCUAGUGUUUAGAAGCAAGUUAGAAAAUGAGAAAGAAGCAGAGGAUCUUCUUGGGUUUCAUUACUAUUCUUGACUCUGUUACAGUGAGGGACUAGGAAGAGGGAGAGAAGAUUCUAAGACUAGGUUUUGCAAUGGACUGUUAAGGUCCUAUUCUGCUACCUCUCUCCCCAGCUCUAUGACUUCAGUCAUGCGACUUCUCAUGAUUAGAUAUCCCACUUAAUGAAUAUGUAUCAUGUCAAAUAAGGAACCUCUGCGUUUUGGGGAAAUGAUCAUUUAGAGAUGAAUCAAAGGAUUUAUUGAAAUGGAAAGGAAGAAACUUUAGGUUGGAAAGCACAGCACAAGAAUGUUGAUGUGGUUUUAUAUCCUUAUUCCUUCUCCACCCCUGUAGACAAGUAGCUGAGAAUGCUGGAGAAUUCCAUUGUGAAUAAAAGUCAAAUCCUUAUA